UGAUUUUAUGUUUUUGUUGUUGCUGUGCUGUCAUGGCGUAAUUUUCGUUGUUCUGCUUAGAAAACACAUACAUAUAUUAAAAAAAUCAAAAUUUCUGACUAAUUCUUAAAAAAAGAAAACAAAUACGAUAGUGUAAAUAAAGAGUGCUAAGCUAAAGGUGAUCCUUUGUAUUAUAGUCUAUUUGAACAAAAAGUUCAGAUAGUAUAAAAUGAGUGAAUUCUUUAAAUCGGCGAUGGGCUAUUUUAAUACAGCCCCAAAUGCCAACGUUAAUGGAGAUACUGUGAAUAGUAUCUCUGGCAGUUUUACUCCAGCAGCAAAUAUAACCACAAACGAGUUUUGUGGACAAAUUGUUGAAGUGGCAGGAUAUAAGCUUCGCGUAAAGCGCAUUAUUGCAGAAGGCGGAUUUGCCUUUGUAUAUGUCGCACAAGAUGUGCAGUCUGGUAAAGAAUACGCCCUCAAGCGUCUCAUAGGAACUGAUAAACAAGCUUGCAAUGCUAUCAUUAAUGAAAUUAACACGCAUAAACAACUUUCUGGGCACCCAAAUAUUGUGGCAUUUAUUGGAGCAACAUUUAUUGAUAAAACGACAGGACCUCAACAGCGUGCAGAAUAUUUACUACUUACGGAGCUUUGCAAUGGGGGUUCACUAAUUGACUGCCUAAAUGUACCAUUUGAUCCAGCUUUGGUUCUACGCAUUUUUUAUCAGGCCUCACGUGCUGUGGCUCAUAUGCACACUCAGACACCACCAAUAAGUCAUCGGGAUAUUAAGAUUGAAAACUUUCUUAUCAGCAAUGAUAAACAACUAAAACUAUGCGAUUUUGGUUCAGCUACUAAGGAGACAUUUGCACCCACAAUUGAGUGGGGAGCCAAACAACGUAAUUUACUUGAAGAUCAGUUGAGCUCUGUUACGACACCAAUGUAUCGCGCACCCGAAAUGCUAGACACCUGGUCCAAUUACGAAAUCGGUAUAAAGGUUGAUGUUUGGGCUUUGGGCUGCAUUCUAUAUGCUUUAUGUUUUCAAAAGCAUCCUUUUGAAGAUUCCGCCAAAUUGCGUAUUGUAAAUGGAAAUUAUAUUCUGCCCACAGAUUCCCGUUUUCAAUGUUUUCAUGAUGUUAUAAAAGGCUGUCUUAAUGUAAAUCCAGCGCACCGCUUUAAUAUAUCGAUGGUGCUAGAACGUUUGGCUGCUAUUUCCGAAACGAAAAAUUGGUCGCUCAAAGGUGCUCUUGAAUUGCAAGGAAAACCCAUAGAGUCCCCACAACCAGGAAGUCCUAUAAAUGGCACAAACCCUGCGAAUAUUAGUGGCGGCAGUGUUACACGGCCACCAGCAAGUACAGCUAAAGUUGUUGAGGGUACUAGUAAAUCUAGUUUCUAUAUGGAUGAACCUACGGAUAAACUGCCAAAAACGCAAUCAGCUAAUAAUUCCGCAACCAUUAAUACAGCGGGUAAUCCUAGUACAUCCAAUACUAGUUUAUUCUCAUCAUUGCGUGGUGGUGCCGGCAGUUUUCUAAAAAAUCUCAAAGACACAUCAUCAAAGGUCAUGCAAACAAUGCAACAAACCAUAGCUCGUACUGAUUUAGAUAUCAGUUACAUAACUUCACGUGUUUUGGUAAUGCCUUGUCCAUCGGAAGGCUUCGAAUCAGCUUACAAAACUAACAAUAUCGAAGAUGUGCGAUUAUCCAUUGAAAGUCGGUUUCCACCGCAAAAAGUGAGCAUUUACAACUUUGGCCCCAGCAACUGUCCACGUUUACCACCGCCAGUGCGCACUGUCGAAGUCGGUUCAAUAUAUGSUUGCCCGCAAGCGCAUUCUCCUAGUUUGGAAGGUAUAUACUCGGUUGUCGAAGACAUGUACGGUUUCCUAAAAGCCGACCCUAAAUCGAUAGUCAUUCUACAAACGAGCGACUCGGGCGGUUGUUCUGCCGCAACAAUAGCUGCGGCAAUGCUUAUGUAUGCGAACUUAAUUAAUGAACCCGAAGAUGCAGUCCAAGUAUUUGCCGUAAAGCGGCAUCCACUUAAUCUGCGAGCAUCCGAGUUCCGUUACUUAUAUUAUUUCGGUGAUAUUUUGCGUCCAACACCACUAUUACCACACUACAAAAGUAUCAACUUGGUUUCGUUGUGUUGCCAGCCAGUGCCGCGUAUGACAAAGGCGAGAGAUGGUUGUCGCAUUUAUAUGGAAGUAUACUGCAAUGAUCGACUGCUGCUAAGCACUUUGCAGGAUUACGAAAAAAUGAGGUUAUAUUUGUCGGGACCUGGCAAGAUAACACUGCCCAUUAAUUUAACUGUUUGCGGUGAUCUAAUAAUUGUGCUUUAUCAUGCGCGCAAUGCGCUUAAGGGUAUGGUGCGUCCACAGAGUUUAAAAAUAUGUCAAUUUCAAAUAAAUACUGGAUUCAUACCGGAACAAGAAACAUUGAUCACAUUUGCAUUGAACGAUUUGGACGACUUACCUGAUGUCGAUCAGGUGCCACCAGACUUCUGUGUUUCACUUUCCAUAACUUUCACGGACAACGAAUGCCCGCCAAGCAGAAAUCCUCCUUGGUUGCCAGCCAAGCCAAAACGCAACGCACAACAUCUCUUCAGUUCACAGUUGGAGUUCGAAGAAAUGGUGGAUAAUUUUGUGACGAAACCAACUUCCAAUCAACAAACGGCGGCGACAAAACCGCAACUGACAACACAUGCUGUACAAAAGCCCUUACGUCCCAAUACACCGCCUAUUUUGCCGGAUGUUACUGAAAUACGACAUGAGUAUGCACAACGUACCCAGCCAGAAACAUCGCCCCCAAUAGAUUUGCUUAAUCUGAAUCAGCCGCAAUCGCAGCUGCCAGUACAAGAUCCACAAGCAACAGCAAUGCCAACGAGCGAUGCUAGUUUUGACUUACUUGGCGCAUUUGGUGAUGACAACUCAUCUGGUAUCGGGUCGGCACCUAUACCGGAUAUUUUAGAAAACAAUGUGCAGCCCACAUCAARCGCCGAUUUGGAUGAUAUUUUCGGCUCGGUUGCCUCAGCCGCCCCCAAAAUCAGCGUAGAAUUCAAUAGCUUUGGUGGAGCUCAGCCGACACUCGCUGAUACUGACGCAACCGCUAGUGCAAGCACAUCCAGACCUAAAGUAAGUCCAACUCCGGCAACGGGGGCUUUCUUCGGGUCAGUACCAACGUUCAAUACAAACAGCAGCAAGGAGCCAUCACCCCAAAAUUCAAAAGAUCCAUUCGCUGACAUUGCCAAUAUGGCCUCUGGUCUCAACAUCAACUUCAAUCCCCACACACUAGGCAGUAAAUCAACAGGUGCUACACCAAUCGGUACCAGUCCUUAUACCACACAAUUCUCUAGCCCCACACACAACACAAACAGCGUAAGAACACCACAACCAUCACAGCCAACAACGGCUUCACCGAAUCAUAUGAAAUCACCUAGCGGUGUUGGUAAUUUUGGUGCAUCGUUUACAAGUGGCUCAAUAUUUUCCACGCCUUUGGGUCAAAACUCGAACCGGCCGUCACCUCAGCCGACUGCAGCUUCGGCUGGUGCAAAUACGCAAUCUAACCGGCCAGAUUAUAGUCGCUCCAACUUCGAUACUUCGAAACCCGCACAGAACACAGGCCCACAAGCUAAAAACGCUGACAUCUUCGCUGACAUACUGGGUGAACAAGGUUACAAAUUCGGUAGCAAAACAAAUCAAGGACCUCGUUCCAUUAAUGAAAUGCGUAAGGAAGAUCUUAUAAAGGAAAUGGAUCCGGAAAAAGUUAAAAUUAUGGAAUGGACCGAAGGCAAGAAGAGUAACAUACGUGCGCUCUUGUGUUCCAUGCACACGGUGCUUUGGACAGACGCAAAAUGGACUAAAUGCGAGAUGUCCACACUCAUUACGCCAGCCGAUGUAAAAAAGUCUUAUAGGCGAGCCUGCCUUGCAGUACACCCAGAUAAGCAUAAUGGCACUGAAUAUGAGAGUAUAGCUAAAUUAAUAUUUAUGGAGCUGAACAACGCUUGGACUGAUUUUGAGAACGAUGCCACACAGCAAAAUAUAUUCAACACGUAAAAUGCAUAAUGCAAAUAUACAAAAUAAUCAGCUCGGAAAGYAAAUCAAUUCUUAAGUGCAUACAAAUAGCUAAUAUAAAGAAAUUUCAAAGAAAUUUAGUUUAUACUUGAGUAUAAAUUUCCUUAAACUAGUUUUUAAAUAACUGGUAACGCAUGUAUGCAUAUAUAAUUGAUUAUAAAUCUUUAACUAUAAGUUUCGAGUAAUACCAUCAUACCAAUUGUAUUCAUAUACAUUUUUUUUUUUUUUGCAACAAGAAUUCUAAAAUCUAAUAGCCAAUGUUUAUUUUUACAAAUGGUCUGAACAAUUUACUUAAUUUCUCUACUAAGAAAAUGCCUUAAAUAGUUACUAUUAUUAUGAAAUUUUUUAUUUCACAAUCGAUUUAAAAUCAAACGGUCGAUCUACUCAAAAACUUUUUCUAUUGAAUAGUUUAAAAAAAAAAUUAUUAUUUUUUUUUACAAAUUGUGAUUUGAAUACAAAAAAAAUUGGAAUUUAAAAUAUAAUUUUCUAUUUGUCAAACUGCUUACAGUUAACAAUAAUCCGCAAGUGUGAGUGGGAACUCAGUUUACCAUAUCUUUGAAAAAAUAUUCUUUAAAAUAUUUUUAAUUAAAUUAUGAAUCGACUAACGGAUUUGAAAGGACUAAUUAUUAAAAAAAAUAUAUAUAUUAUACAACUUUA